AUGGAGAUUACAAAUUUGAAGACAUUUGUGUUCUACGCUUUUGUUCUGCAUCAAUUCCUUAUCGGUCUCGAUUCAUUCCUGAUUGCACCAACAGCAUGGUAUUACGUCAAAUCGCUUGGACAAAAUAUAACUUUCUUCGGAAUUGUUAUGUCAGCUUACCAACUGAGCUCUCUUUGGUCCAGCCCUAUCACUGGGAAAUUUUCGGAUAAAUUUGGACAUUAUAAACGUAUCAUCGUCGUCAGUAUGUUUUUGAAGGUCAUCUCCUAUGUUAUAUAUUCAAUCCCAGUCUCGGCCUAUUUUCCUUUGGCAGGCAGGUUUUUAGAUGGUCUUACCACAGGAUCUGUUGGAGUUAUUUUUGGGCAAAUAACAUUGUAUACACCAAAAGAACACCGCGCACAAAUCUUUAUAAUGUUGGAUGGAAUGUUAACCUUGGGAACUCUUCUUGGUCCCACAAUCGGCGUAUUUUUUACCUUUAAUAUAAAUAUUCUUGGUUGGAAAAUUGAUGCUGGUAAUUCCCCAGGAAUAGUUUGUGGAAUGAUGUGGUUUGGAAUGUUUGUAAUUUUACUGUGGCUUCCUGAAGAGUUUGGAACAAUGAAAGUGGCAGAUGAUAACCAUGACGAUGUUCUUGAGACUCAAGAUUCCGAUGAAGAAGCGAGAUUUGGUUCUUAUUCUCAAAUUUUCUUGAUAUUUUACCUUGUAAUUUUAAGCCUCUUCUACUCAAACACGACAACAAUUUAUGUCCCCUUGCUUGCACAAGACCACUUCCAUCUUCAACUCGUUCAUGUAAAAAUGUUAUUCCUCGUGGGUUCUUUAUUUUCAAUGGUUCUUUACAUCGUGUUCUACAUUGCCGCGAAAUAUUACCAUGAGACCAAAUUGCUAAUUUGUUCCAUGCUAAUCCAGUUAACUGCGAUAACGUUAUUAAGCUUUAUUGCGUUCAGUUGGGACAGCGCGUUCGGUGUUUACGGUGGUUAUAUUCUCAUUCCAUACAUCUGUCUUGGAAUGCCAUUAUUUUCAUUUUCUUUGGGAUGUUCUCUCUUGUCUAAAAUAACCAACCCAAAAGACGCAGCCUUUUUCCAGUCUUCGUCACUUGCCGCACUUCAUAUAGGAGUUUUGCUGGGGCGUUUAACCGCAUCCAACAUUUUUGCCAAGACAUCGCUUUUGUGGUUUUGUUUGGCGCAGUUUUUAUGCUGGGCACUUGGUGCUGUCUGGUUUUCUUUAGAGUAUCCCUACUUACGUAUAGCAGGGGCGGAUAUUACUUGA